AAAGCCCACCGUCUACCACCUGCAGCCAUGGAAGGGGGUGUGCAGCUCCUCAACCGCGACGGCCACAGCAUCUCCCACAACUCCAAGCGACACUAUCACGAUGCCUUCGUGUGCAUGAACCGCAUGCGCCAGCGGGGGCUGCUCUGCGACAUCGUGCUCCAUGUGGGCACCAAGGAGAUCAAGGCCCACAAGGUGGUGCUGGCGUCGUGCAGCCCGUACUUCCACGCCAUGUUCACAAAUGAGAUGAGUGAGAGCCGCCAGACCCAUGUGACGCUGCACGACAUUGACCCCCAGGCCCUGGAGCAGCUGGUGCAAUACGCUUACACGGCUGAGAUUGUGGUGGGCGAGGGGAAUGUGCAGACACUUCUUCCUGCUGCCAGCCUGCUUCAGCUCAAUGGUGUGCGGGAUGCUUGCUGCAAGUUCCUCCUCAGCCAGCUCGACCCAUCCAACUGCCUGGGGAUCCGGGGUUUUGCUGACACGCACUCCUGCAGCGACCUCCUCAAGUCUGCGCACAAGUAUGUCCUCCAACACUUUGUGGAGGUGUCCAAGACGGAGGAGUUCAUGUUGCUGCCUCUUAAACAGGUGCUGGACCUCAUUUCUAGUGACAGCCUCAAUGUGCCAUCAGAGGAGGAGGUGUACCGGGCUGUGCUCAGCUGGGUCAAACAUGAUGUGGACAGCAGAAGACAGCAUGUCCCCAGGCUUAUGAAGUGCGUGCGGCUUCCCCUGCUGAGCCGGGACUUCCUCAUGAGCAACGUGGACACGGAGCUGCUGGUGCGGCAUCACUCGGAGUGCAAGGACCUGCUGAUCGAAGCCCUCAAGUACCACCUCAUGCCGGAGCAGCGAGGGGUCCUUAGCAACAGCAGGACGAGGCCGCGGCGCUGCGAGGGGGCCAGCACCGUGCUCUUUGCCGUGGGUGGGGGGAGCCUGUUCGCCAUCCAUGGGGACUGCGAGGCCUACGACACGCGGACGGACCGGUGGCACAUGGUGGCUUCCAUGUCGACUCGCAGGGCGAGAGUGGGCGUCGCUGCCAUCGGGAACAAGCUGUAUGCCGUGGGCGGCUAUGAUGGGACGUCUGAUUUGGCCACAGUGGAGUCCUAUGAUCCUGUCACCAAUUCCUGGCAACCUGAGGUGUCCAUGGGCACCAGGAGGAGCUGCCUGGGUGUAGCAGCACUUCAUGGGCUUCUCUAUGCUGCUGGGGGGUACGAUGGGGCCUCGUGCCUGAACAGCGCAGAGCGGUACGACCCUCUGACAGGCACCUGGACGUCCAUCGCUGCCAUGAGCACCAGGAGACGCUACGUCCGGGUGGCAACACUAGAAGGAAACCUCUAUGCCGUUGGGGGAUAUGACAGCUCAUCCCACUUAGCCACAGUAGAAAAGUAUGAGCCCCAGGUCAACACCUGGACGCCCAUUGCCAAUAUGCUGAGCCGCCGGAGCAGCGCCGGAGUGGCCGUGCUGGAGGGGAUGCUCUACGUGGCUGGCGGCAACGAUGGGACCAGCUGCCUUAACUCCGUGGAGCGCUACAACCCCAAAACCAACACGUGGGAGAGCGUGGCGCCCAUGAACAUCCGUAGGAGCACCCACGACCUGGUGGCCAUGGAUGGGUGGCUGUACGCAGUGGGUGGCAACGAUGGGAGCUCCAGCCUCAACUCCAUCGAGAAGUACAACCCCCGUACCAACAAGUGGGUAGCAGCCUCCUGCAUGUUCACGCGCCGGAGCAGCGUCGGGGUGGCUGUGCUGGAACUCCUCAACUUCCCACCUCCCUCCUCGCCCACCCUGUCGGUGUCUUCGACGAGCCUUUGA